AUGCAGAAGUUAGAGCUAACAUUAGCAAUUAUAAAACCGCAUGCAAUCAAAAACCCAAUUGCACUAUCGUACAUCAGAAAUGUUUUAAGAAACAAAUUUGUUGUGGUAAAAACGAAACGAGUUUCUCUGGAUAAAGAAAGUGCCAGCAAGUUUUACGAAGAACACGUAGGGAAGUUCUUUUACAACCGCUUGAUAACUUUUAUGGCUAGUGGUGCCAUAGAUUUGCAUGUGAUAGCACACUGUAAUGCAAUAGAACUAUGGAGGCGGAUUCUGGGCCCUACUAGUGUGUAUAAAGGUCAAUUCAAAGAACCGAACUGCUUGAGAAGCAUAUUUGGACUCUCAGACACUCGUAAUGUGGCUCAUGGAUCAGAUUCACUGGAGUCAGCUGCAAGGGAGAUAAAAUUCUUCUUUCCCGACUUCUCGUUCUACAAAUGGCACAAUGAUGAUGAAGAGUUAUACAGGAAGGGUCCUAUUAUCUUUAACAAUUACUUGUUUCAGCAUGUUAGAAGACUGUAG